AAAGAUCCGAUUUUGGCAUUUUUUUUCUUGGUGGGCCAUCAUCGCCGCUGUCUUUCCUUGUACCAUUGUAAUACAUUAGAAGUUUGUCAACAUUAGUUUGGGUACUUGAAUAUUUAUUAUGAUGUCAAAGACACAGAAGAAUCUGCUGUUUGGAUUCCUCAGUUGGGGUAUCCUUGCCGUAUGUGCAUUUGCUCCAAAAAGUCCAUCAUUAUUUGUUGGAAGGCACACCAACCGUAUUGUUCCAUUAUUAUUUUCCACAUUAACUCCACAAGACGAAGCGCAGCAACUACCUGCCGACGACGAUGGAUUGACCAGUGGAGGUGUCCAUAUUCCUUCCACGGGGAUCUCCGUGACGGAUGAAAUGGAGAUGGCCGAGAAGGACCGAUUCGAAACAGAGCUUGUUCCCAUUACAGGAUACACGGAGGUUGCCGCACAGAUUGUCACAACCUCGGAAUCUCGAUUGUCCUUUGAACCAGUCAGAUAUCUAGUGUCAUUAUCACCAGCAAAUUCCUCAGCACCAGCAGAAGAAUCCUCCAGUACAGAAGAAGACGACGACGACGACACGACAAAGAUGAGAACCUUUGCAUUGGUGGAUAUGCCUCCUUAUUCGCCAUCACUGGUGGCCAAAAUCAAAGUGUUCAUGGGAGGAGAACAAAAAAAUUCCCGAUUGGCAGCCUUGCUUAUCACCAGUCGCGAUGGAAUUCAUUAUGAUGAUGCCCCGGCAGUAUACCGCAUGCGACGGGCCGAUUUGGAGCAUUGGAAGCAGGCGUUUCCUGGAUUAGAGGUCGUUGCCUAUCGAAUGGAUAUUCCACGAGAUUGUCGGGAAUUCGUCACGCAAGUAUUGGAUGGGUAUGGGCCAUUUGCACUCCAAGAAGAAACGACCAACUGUACCUUUGUGGAAACGGGACGACCGUUGACAUACACGAGCAAUUUGUGGGAUCAUGACGAAGCAGAAGACUAUUUGCGAGGGAGAAAGCCAAUUGAUGAAGUCAAAUACAAUGUAACAACAUCGGAAGCGGACUAUACUCCAGAAGCCAUUCGGGCCAAGGAAGAGAACAAACGAAUCCUUGCCGUAUACACACCGGGCCAUACCUUUGGAUCGGUCAGUUACAUCUUUCCCGAGACGGGGUUUUGCUGUUCGGGCUUUACCAUUCCCGUGGAAGACACGCGCGAAGAAGAUAAUCCUUACAUGGGCAGUGCUGGCCCCGCCUUGGAUUGUCGGGGAUACAUUACCACCAAUCGAGGAGGCAUUCAAAAGCAAAUGCAAUCGGCUCGGGAGCUGGUUCGAGCCUACAGUGAUCGGUUCCACACCGUGUUGGCAUCUCGAGCAGAUCCAUUAAUGUUGCAUGGCAAUGACAAGGAACGAAAACUGUUUUUGCUGGAUCUCCUGGCGCAAUACGAGAAAAUUGGCAAGAUCUAUGAAGAAUUGGGCAUUACCGGUGGAGUUGAUGAUGAUGACGAGGACGACGAAUAAUGAUAAUAGAGGCCGGUUUUUAAAAAGUUGAUUGUUUUGCGCC